UUUGGUACAUCGUAUUCUUUAUCGUUACUCCUGUUCGUAUGCAGAGAUUUCAACCCGAACAAAUCCAUCUUGCAAUCGGUGAUAAUCUAAAGGAAAUGGUAGUGAUGUGGAAUACCCCCGAUAAUCCUAAACUUUCAUUCGUGCAAUAUGGUAACUCUAGAUCCUCCUUGGAUAGACAAGCUGUGGGUACAAGAAGAGUUCUUAACAAUGGAGCUCUGAUUCUCAGUAAACAAUACGUUCACACUGUCCGUUUACAAAACUUACAACCUAAUUCUACUUAUUGGUACAAAUGCGGUAGCAUUAAAGGAUGGAGUGACGUCUACAGUUUCGUCACAGUUCCCGAGGGAACAGAAUGGAGUCCUAAAGUAAUCGUUUUUGGUGAUUUGGGAUUAGAAAAUGCUCGCUCCGCGCCUAGAUUACAAAAAGAAGCCGAAUCUGGACAAUGGAAUUUUAUGAUACAUAAUGGUGAUAUAGCCUACGAUCUCAAUUUGGUACUAGGGAAAGUGGGUGAUCUUUUCAUGCGUUUAAUAGAACCUAUAGCAACACUAGUACCGUAUAUGGUGACUGUUGGGAAUCACGAGUCUUUUUGGAAUUUUAGUAAUUAUAAAACACGAUUUGACAUGCCAGGAAACGAAGAUAAUAUGAUGUACAGCUUGAAAGUUGGACCCGCUUUAUUUAUUUUUUUAUCCACUGAAGUCUAUUACUUUUUGGAACUUGGUGGGAUAUCUGCUAUAGAACGACAAUAUGUUUGGCUCGAAAAUCUCCUUAUUGAAGCUAAUUUACCAGAAAACAGGAAAAAACGUCCGUGGAUUAUUGUAUUUGGACACAGACCCAUGUAUUGCUCCAAUAACAAUAUUCGUGAUUGCUCUUGGGAUCAAACUUUAACAAGAGUCGGUUUGCCCAUCAGCCGAAAAUACGGUUUAGAACCUUUGCUGUAUAAUUACGGUGUCGAUUUAGCAUUUUGGGCUCACGAACAUUCUUACGAAAGAAUGUGGCCUCUGUACAACAAAAGAGUUUAUAAAGGCAGCAAAGAAUCUCCUUAUUUCAAUCCUAGAGCCACAAUUCACAUUACAACUGGCUCGGCCGGAAAUCGAGAAAAAGUAGACUUUUUUCGUAAACUUUUACCACGUUGGAGCGCUGUUCGAAAUAGCGAUUAUGGAUAUACUCGCCUUAUUAUUCAAAAUCGAACGCAUUUAUAUUUCGAUAUGGUAUCUGACGAUAAGGAUGGUGCUGUAAUAGACGAAGCGUGGAUCGUCAAGGAAAAGCAUGGUCCAUUCCCUAUACUUUUUCCUAAUGAUGCUUAUUUAGAAACGUCUUCAGCCACCACUCAAUCACCAUAA